UGGAAAAAAAUGGAAAAUAAAUUUUUUGGUCUUUUUGGAAAUGAUUCUGAUGAGAAAGAAUCAAAUUCAAUCAUUGAAAAUAAUGAAGAAUUAUGUGAUAUUAUCGAUAAACCAAAUCACGAAUCAUUGGUUAAUCGUUUUGUCGAAGAAAUAAACACAAAACAAGAAAGAAAAAAACGAAAAAAUUGUUCCAUCUGUCAGAUUAGUGUACAUAAAUAUGUUUGUCCACGAUGUUCAAUCAAAACUUGUUCGGUAAAAUGUUCAAAAAAACAUAAAGAAACUACUGGAUGUUCGGCAAUUCGUGAUCAACUUUCAUUUGUUCCAUUAAAACAUUAUAACGAAAGUCAUCUGAAUUCAGAUUUUAGCUUUAUCGAAAAAGGAUCCGAAUAUAUACAAAAUUUGAAUCGUAUUGUAGAGAAUAAUCCAAAAAGAGAUUUAUCUACGUGGGUAAUACGUUUUGCACAAGAAUGUCAAAAACGACGAAUUCAAUAUGAAAAAAUGCCCAUUGCAUUUAAACGUUCACGUUCAAAUAGAUCUAUCUAUUUAUACAAGGAAAAAACUAUCUAUUGGGAUAUUGAUUUUAUUUUUCCGAAUUGUCGUUUGAAAAUUGAACCAAACGAACAAAAUUAUCGACCGCUUUGUUUCAAACGGAAUAGAAUUUCCGAAAAUAGUCGUUUGAUUGAUAUAGUAAAAGAUAUUAUUGAACAGCCAACCACCAUAAUCAACAACAAUGAUGAUAAUGAUAACAGUGAUUUGAAUCAAAUUGAAGAAUUUGAUUUUUCACCAUAUCAACAACAAGGCCAACAACAAUAUCAAAUAUUAUUAAAACAUAAAUCCGGACGUUAUUAUUAUCGUCUGCAAAAUGAAUGGACAUUGAAAAGAAAUUUAGAAGAUAAAAUUAUUGUUGAAUAUCCAAUUUUGGUUAUUGUUUUACAAGAAUUUCUAAAUAAUUAUCCAGAAUUGUGAUCAUUGAUAAAGUUUUUUUAAAUUCUUUAUUGAAAAGUCAAAAAACAAAACAAAAAUGUAAUCUCAUAUUAAUAGUUGUGUAACAAUACAGGUGACAAUAACAUUGAUAUUAUUCAUUGAU